AUGUCUUCCUAUAUUAGAAGUCGAAAUACCGCGUCGACUAUAGCGGCACACUCGACCGGCGCCGAGAUGGCUCUCUCUACAGGAGCCAUAGCCGGCAUCGCAGUCGGCGGGGCCGUGCUUCUCUUCGCAGCGCUGGCACCUUUGCUCAUCAAACUUGCCAGGAAGCAAGAUCAGCGUCGCGCGUCUACCUUCCCUGAUGCUGCAGUAGAGUCCGGGGACACGACAACGAACGAAGCGGGCCCACGGCGACUACGCAAGAAGAGUUUUAUCGGCGAGCAGGCGGCUGUCAUGAUGGAUAAGGACGACGAGGUCGGGAUGGAGGAGAGUAGGAGUAGACGCUCGAGUCUGAACGUCAUAUCUCCCGCUCGGACACGUCCGGGAAGCUUUUCUGGGGGGGACGGAAGCGCUAGGGGCAGCGUAGACACGCAGCAGGGACAAAAACCGCAGUCACAGGACAAGGAGCGCGGUUACGACAUGUACCAGCACCGGCGCAAGACAUCGUGGAUCGACGAAGACGCGCUUCAUGGUCCGACUAUCACAUCUCCGAAGAAGUCAAAACAGAAGCACAAGAGGAAAGUGAGCUGGUUCGACGGUGGUUUAGGCCGCUCCUUAAGUCGCCUCUCGACGAGGAGUGGUAUAGGGGAAGUGAGCCCUACUCUGCCGUAUACCGAGACGGGAACGGAAAAGCAGCUCGACACUCCUGCUGAUAGUACCAAUGAGCAGAGGAUGAGCGGAACACCCCAGGAUCCAAACUUCACCGGAUACACAGCAACGCCACGUCAGAGCCAACAUCAGCCUCAGGUAUAUACCAGUCCACAGAAGUCAUACGGGCCCCCAAACGACCCAAGCCCCGGGUCCGCCUCUAACAGCCCUUCAAAGUCGCCGCCAGAUAUCAUCCAUAACCCACGAUACCGCAACAGGGUUUCGUUCCAAGCCGCCCAACAACUAGCCGGCGGAGCGCGUCUGCCAGCUCCUAUUAGUAUUCCGCAGGGGCAGACGCUGAGACAGCCGGUAUUAAGGCACAGCGCAACGGACACGGAACUAACGGAAAUUCUGCGCAUGACCGCAGAGAGACUACAAGACGGGCAUAGGAGCGCGCGACGGCAGACUUUAAUGGCUCCCCCAUAUACCCCUGCGAGGGUACUCAACAGAGGGAUUUACGGUAAUCAAUAUGGAGGAUAUAUGGACUUCAGUUAUGAGACUCGCGACCGAGGGGACGUUAGUCCCGUGAAGAGCCACAAGAGCGCCCCGGCAACACUGUCGUAUGCAGAAUUAGAAGGAUCUACUCCAAAGCCACAUCCAUCUCAACGUCAGAUACGGACUCCUGGACAUUCGCGACAGCAAUCCCAUAUAUCUAGGAUGUCGCAAGUCUCGAUGUUAUCGGAACCGGAUAGCCUCGUUGCGCCUAAGAGGGAGUCGUGUCAAGACGUACGAACCGCUCUGUCCAGCCCGAGCCGGGCUAACAGGUCGGCAGAACCUAGUCCUAGCCCGCAAGGGAGUCAGCCGACUCGUCCAUUUUCAAACGGCAGUACCUUGUCUUCCGCUUUAUCAACACUAUAUAGCAUGGAAGAAACAUCUGUUCGUAGCCCGCCGGUCGACUCGAGAUUGGAGGGCAGCGUAGAGAGGCGCGCCCCUGGCGAAGUUCUUUCCAAUCACGAGGUGCUCUCCCCAAACAAAAACCCCGAGACAAACCCGGGGCGAAGUCCCAAGUCUCGCGUCAAGGAGGAAGAAGUACCUCCUCCAUUACGAAUUCGCCGAGGAACCUUAGGCAUGGACACAUCGCCUGCGCCUCGGUUGCCGUUGCAACAGAGCAUACAAGCUAGCAGUAUACCCAGGCGUAAACCAUCGUUCACUCUCCCAUCGUCAGACGAAAACGACGACGAUCCAUUCACUAUGUCAACCCCGCCGCCGCAAAACGCCGCUCGUUUAUCAAAGGUCUUCUCACCACUUCCAGCCGAACUACCCCGUAAACAGUCAGACGCGAAGCAUCCCGCGCACAAAAGAACCAUAUCCCAAGAAAGCGCCUCUAUCUCAACCCCAACCCCAACGCCCUCGCCCUCGCGUAGGCGAGUAUUGCCCUCCCCCCGCUCCAUACUCAACUCGCCCACCUUCGCGAACCGCCAACGUGCCCCCAGCCCGGUAGUCUCCGAAGCCGGGCUAUCAUCCGUAUACGACAGCUACAACUACAGCUAUAACGAUUUCCAAGCCGACAACCCCGACGUCUCGCCCGAGAAGCUCGACCGGAAUAUAUCCAACUCAGGCCGCUCCUCGCGCAUCGGGUUCCGCAUCCCGAACUACGGACAAGCCGAGGAGCCGCGGCAGUUCAACCACGAAUCCGUAACGUGGGUUCCAGCAUCGCCGGCGCCGCCGCGGCGCAGCAUGCCCUCCGACGGAUCCAUAUACUCGCAAGACGAAGACCAAGUCCCGCCACUGCGCGCGCAGACCAUCAAGCGCAGCAAGACGGUGCGCAUGUCAACCGCCAUCACGGAGCUGCGGCGUAUGAACAGCCAGAUGAGCACCAUGAGCGACAUCAGCGUUGCCAGUUCGACGGUCGUAGGGAUGCGAGGAGGUGGAUUCAGUCCCGGGCGACAGAGCGGCGGUGUGAGGAAUUAUCUUGCGCUGGGAGGGGACCUAAAGCGUAGUAGUGGUGGUAGUAACAGAUUCUCACAGUCGAGCGUGGGAAGCGGUACUAUCAUUCGCAACGCUAGUUCCAGUUCCAACACCAAUGCGAAAUACGGCAGUCCCUUACGACGGAGUGGCGCUGGGAGAAGCCGUCGGGGGACAGUGGUGGUGCAAGGGUUAGAUGCUAAAAGGGGGGGUAGCAUCGGAACAGACGCCGUGAAGCACGCCAGCCAGAUCAUGACGCAUGCCACGAAGCUAAGCCGCGAAGAGGCGAAGGUCAAGCGGUCGAGCGUUGAAAGUUUGUACGACGCGAAGGGGUUCCUGAAGGGCUAG